AAGGUUGAAAGGGUUCAAGAGCUCGAGGAGCUGGGUUCAACCCCUUAUGAAGCUCGGCACUUGUCUUAUCGGCUUAUCUAGCCCAAAUGGGAAGACUGGUCUUUCACGUGAUACCUUAGUCAUCUCAGCGAUUCCGCCACCCGCUCCGCGUCUUGAUUGCAAAGCGCUCCGCUCGACAUCUAAGUUCCUUGUCUCAGCGUUCUCUUCUAUCCUUGUUCUUCGGUUCUUUGGGAGAUAAUUAGAUUUGAUUGUCUCUGCCCACCAUGCCACGCGCAGAAGCUGGUUCCACAAAGGCGAUCAGCAACAAGAUCAAGGCUAAAGGCUUAGGCAGA